ACGACCUUCGUGUCGAAGUUGUAUGCCCCCCAGGCAAACGAAUCAUGUGUGGGGCAAAAGAAGGGGAUUUCUUUACUCUUCAAGGAGAAAUGAUCUAUUUACCGCCAAACCAGGGUAUCAGUAUAUAUUCGCUAGCCACCGUUAUCCCACUCCUUCCUGCAAAACAAAGAGUCACGGCUGCAAACGACUGGAUGACAACCGAUGCCCUGAUUGCGUGUCCUGAUCCAAAUUGCCCUUCACAGCUGAAGAUUAUCAGGGAGGGCGUUCGCACAUUCAGUCAUUCUGAAACAACUGUAGUUCCGCUACAUCCUUGAUAGAUAGGGUAUACUGGGCUCAUAGCUAGAAAAUAUGAUAAAUAGGGGAAAGAUAGUCAAUAGUCUCAUCAAUGCAUAAAGCUUGAUUGGUGAUGGGCAGGUUGAUAUCAGGCUAAUAGAACACCGUUUUGAGUAUUGAAUGCGGC